UACCAAAAUGCACCCUCGGCGUCACGCGAAUGCCUUUACGCCUGAAGAAAGACGUUGAGAGAAUAUUCCAUGGGAAAAUUUAUUUUGAUAAAAUGAAUUUAACGGCUAUUUUCAGGUGUAAAAGCAUUCGUGACCGCCGAGUGUAUGGUACACUUUGGUGUGUGUAGCAAACAAUCGCUAAAACUCGUCUUAUAAGUUCGGUGAAGAGUGUAUCUUCAUAUUUGAAAAUUAACGCAUCUGAGGCCUGGUAAUUCUUAAGGUCCUACCCGCGAAAUCUGGUGACUUUCAAAAAUACAAAGAAGACGAUUCUUUACCAUGGCGCCAAGUCACAACAAUGCGGCGUGCCAUUAUUGGUUAGCCUGGACGCACAAACGGGCGGUGUUCGUCAAGACUUCCCGCACAAAUUGUCAACACCUUGCGACGCGUUAAAAGUCAACAUGGUCACGCGAUUGCACGUUAACGAUAAAGAUCGAGCUGACCGAGACGAGUCCGUGUUACACUUCAUGCCAUGUAAAAUUCACGGGGACGAAGCUGCCAAUGUUUCCUCUUAUUUCAAGCCUUACAUCAGUAAGGUGGACGAAGGAUACUACGAUUGUUCCUUCCGUGGCUACCCGCUUCAAGGGAGGAAGGUAACUGUACCUGCUGGCUACAGAGGCAUGAUGUUUAUGGAGAACAAAAAGGCGGAUACCGAGGGCAAGGAGAGGAAUUUGUACUGCACGGGAACCUUCUCCCAGUUUACAUAUUGGAAUUAUGAUAGAAUACCGUCUAAGAAUGAUGCUCUUGUCGCAGCAUUGGAUUGGAUUGAUGUAGCUAAAGCGUUACACUCGUCAGACGCAUAAGCGGCGUUAAGAGAAGAUUAUUUUAACAUAACUUAUAAAACAAGAGUAUGUUCCCGUUGGACGUGACAUUUUUAUACCUGGAAAAGAGAAAUAUAAUAAAGGCGUUUUGUAUAACA